AAAUCAACAUUCAAAACAUAAACUAUCCAGUAAUAAUAAUCAAUUCAUUCAGCUUGAUUCAUUAUCAUCAUCACUAAAACAACCAAUAGAAAUGGGUAAAAAUUCAUUGGGUCAAUUAAAUCGUAAACAACAACAACAACAACCAUAUAAUAGUUCUCCGAUCAAUGUUUCAAAAUUACAAAAACGAAAAAAAUUAAUAACAAACGACAAUGAUGAACAUGAUGAUUCAAUAUGUAUUGAAAUAAAUGAUCAUCAUUCUCAUUCACAAACAUCACCAAUAUUUGAUUCAAGUUUGAAUGAGAAUAAUAUGAUUGAUACAAAAACGAUGCUUUUGACACCUAAAACAACCAAAAUGAUUUGCAAAAAAAUGCCAAAAAAUGAUAAAUCAGUAUUUGAUAUUUUUGAUUCACCUAAUGAUAAAAUUGCACCGAUUAUGGUACCAUCCAAAACAAAUCAAUCACCGAUGAAUAUCAAUCAUAGUCCAAUCGAUUUUGAUGCAGCUCAAUCUGAAAUUAAUAUCAACAAGAAUCAUCAAGAAAAUCAACAAUCCAAUGCACUUAUAACAGCACCAUCAACACCAACGUUACAUUUGUCGUAUAAAUUUCAAUUGAAUAACGACUCAUUGAAUGUAAAAAAUGAUUAUCAACAUUCACAACAACAACAACAACAACCAUGGUCGUUUACAGGAACGAAUCAUCAACGGCAAUCAUCAUUGGAGGAUAGUAUGACUAAAAAAUCACCAAUAUGUACACGUAUCAGUAUACUUGGUAAACCGUUACCAUCACGAAAAGAAGUAUCAUAUUAUCGUCAAAGAUUUUUUAUUUACAAUAUUUUACAACGGCCAAAAGGAUUCUGGGCUAGCUGUUAUCAUCAAUUUGUCAUAUCAAUCAUUGUUAUUGGUUUAAUAUUGUUUGCAAUGUCCACAGUGGAACAAUAUUAUGAACAAUCUAUUCAAUUUUUGCGAAUAUUCGACACAUUUAUCCUUGCAUUAUUGGUUCUAGAAUUCUUGGCACGUGCUUGGUCAUCAUCAUGUAUUAGUCAAUAUCAAGGAUGGUUUGGUUUAUUUAGAUUCUGUACAUCAGCAUUUCGUCUUAUCGAUAUAUUUAUUAUAAUGUCUACUGCUGCCGUACUUUGGGUACAUCAAGUUGAUCCUUCCAUUGCUAAUCGUAUUAAUUGGUUACGUUUUGCUCAAGCAUUUCAAAUUCUUCGUAUUAGUCAUCGUUUUAAGCCAUGGCGUAUAAUGGCAUCGGUUAUAUGGAAUCAACGUGAUCAUCUUGCUGUUGCUAUCUAUAUGUGUACAUUAUCAUUAAUAUUCAUUACAUUUACUGUAUAUUUCAUUGAACAUAAUCAACCAGAUACUGAUUUUACAUCUAUACCUAGAACACUUUGGUGGGGUAUUGUUUCAUUAUUAACCAUUGGUUAUGGUGAUAUGGUACCCAGUACGACAGCAGGUAAAAUUGUUGCCAGUACACUAUUGUUGAUUUGUUUCUCAUCAUUCGCAUUACCGGCCGGUAUUCUUGGAACUGGUCUAGCAUUAAAGGUACAAGAACAACAACGGCAAAAACAUUUCAAUAAACGACGUGAUCCAGCCGCACGCUUAAUACAAUGUGCAUGGCGUUGUUAUGCAUCAUCGAAAAAUUCACGAUCCAUUGCCACAUGGAAAGCGUGUAUGAAACAACGUAAUAAAUUAAAAAACAUAUCAGCAUCCAAUUCAAAUGAUAAACUAUCGGAACAUCAAAUCGAAACCAGUAGUACGUUGGGCAGUGUUGUUGAUUUAAAAUGUUUACGAAAUAAAAUUCAUAAACGAUUUGGUAGUGAAUCACAGGCAUCAUUGGUUGAUUAUGCAAGAUCCAAUACAAUUGAUAAUAGUUCAUCGAAUCGAUCAUCACAAUCACUUAGUUUAAUGGUGCCAAGAAAUCAUUGUAAACAUCGACUAUUAGAACGAACAACAAUACCCAUCAUAUUGAAUGAUGAUGAUGAAUAUUAUGAUUAUUAUUGUGAAUAUUUUAAUCCAGCCGAAAAAGCAAUGAUACGUUUCAUACGAUUGGUUAAAUUUGAAGUGGCAAAGAAAAAUUUCAAAAAUGCAUUCCGUCCAUAUGAUAUUAAUGAUGUUAUUGAACAAUAUGCGGCUGGACAUGCUGAUGUUGUGGCACGUGUUAAGAAUAUGCAUUCACGAAUUAAUAACAUACAGAAUACGUUGGGAAAUGUAACGAAAAUUUGUCAAGAUUUAUCCUAUAUUCAAUAUCAUCAAAUGGAUCGAUUAGAACGAAUUAUACAGGAAUUGAAUCAGAAAUUAUUGUUGGUUGAUAAUCACUCGGAUAUGAAAACACCAACAACAACAGCAGCAUCACAAACAAAUAAAUUUCUAUCUGUAAACGAUAGUUUAUCGUCCGAUGACUCAUCAUUAUUAUCGAUGAGAUCCUUAUCACCAUCCACAUCAUCGUCAUCAUCAUCACCGGAAGCAAUACAAUCUUCAUCAACAACAAUCAAAAGUCAAUGUCAAUCAAAUGAUGAUGAUCAAACAACAAGAGAAGCCAAAAAACAAUAGUCGUUUUACC